AUGUACGAACUUUGCGGUCGAGUCGUGACGACUACCACCAACAAGCCAAAGCCGCGACAAUUCAAGCCCAAGGGUUUCCUUGCAAAGACCACCGUCCUGAGCUACAAGCGACGAUACUCGCGCAAGGCAUUGCAGACCCUUGUCAAGAGCCGCGGCGGCUUGUAUCCGGAGAAGGAAAAGGUCAAGGCAGUCUAUGCCCGCAUCCUCGUGGACUUGGACGAGAAUGGCCCAAAGUUCAGCGAAGCAGUCCAAUUCCUCGAGUUACCGCCGGAACUGCGCAACCGCGUUUAUGCAGAGCUUUUGACGCUGCCAGACGGGCUGGUCGAUCACAAGGCUGGCGCCUUUCCAGCCAUUCUCUCCACCAACAAGCAGGUAUACAGCGAGGCGGUGGGUAUCCUGUAUGGCGAGAACACUGGCCUAGUAAAGUUUGACAGCAGCAGCGCGACCGAAGACCCAACCGAACUCUAUAGAUCUCUUCGCACAGUGCGCUAUAACAUCAACCACUACGGGGAGAAAUCCAAGGUCGAAGACAUGCAGCCAAACUGGAGCGGUAUGCUGGGUCGAUUCAGCAGAUUGAAGAUCACGAUCCAGCUUCCACAUUCAUACAUGGGCUCGUGGGGGCCCCCGACUUAUGCAAGCCGCUAUACCUCUGACUCGGAGCGGAUCACAUUCGCUGUCAUGGCGAAUCAAUCACUCUUCACCUUGGUAUCAUACCUCAGCAGCAAUCCAGAUCUCAGAUCCGUCGAGUUCGAAUGUGAGUACCUGCCUCGGCGUGUGGGAGAGUUCUCGCAAGCAACUUUGCAACACAUGAUCUGGCCCAUCACACUGUUGCCGCAGCUGAAGAAACUGUCGCUUGGGGGCUUUCCACUUCGCAUCGGGUUCGACGUCGAGUUGAACAGUGUCUCGGCGCUCAGUGAGGAACCCAUUUUGGCCACUUUGCGAGAGCGUCUGGAGAAGGUCAACCAAUUGAGCGGCAAGAUGUGGUCAACUGGUCAUCCACACCAACACGAGUUCAUCCAGGCAAUCAAUAGAGCCACGACUGUGCUUGAUAGAAACGACUUCGUCGAUGAACAGGCGUAUGCACAGCUCGUGAGUAGCUCGGAGGAGCUGGCGGAGAUCUUGAAGGAGCAUAUGCCAGCAGAGGCAUAG